AUAUACAAAGCCGAGCCCUUCACUUUAGGGCUUCAACUCAACACUGGAUCCCAAUCUAUGGGCCCUACAAAAGGAGAAUUUUACGCGACUGUGAACACUCAUCUCUCUUCUCGUCUCCUCUCUCUGUUCUUCGUCUAUAAUUGAGCGUUAAUCGAUCACAGACUCACAGUCCUCCUAUUUCGUAUUUGGAGGACUUUCGUCAGCUUCCCUCCUGAGAGAGUAUGUUUAUUUUUUCCUCAUUCGUUCCUUACAAUUUGAAAAUUAACAAAAUUGAAAGAAAAAGAAAGGGAGAACCAAAUACCACUGGUAGCCCGUCUAACCGUUUCAAGAGGGGAAUCUUGUGGGCCAUGAAUCCCAGGAGGGAGUUGCGUAGCCAUAGAACUGCUCUCUUUGAUGGCAUUGAGGAGGGUGGGAUCAGGGCCUCUUCAUCAUACUCCUCCCAUGAAAUUGAUGAACAGGACAAUGAUAGAGCUCUUGAUGGAUUGCAAGACAGAGUCAUUCUAUUAAAGAGAUUGACUGGAGAUGUACAUGAGGAGGCUGAGAAUCAUAACCGUCUACUGGACCGAAUGGGUAAUGAUAUGGAUGCUUCAAGGGGAAUCCUUUCUGGAACUGUGGAUCGAUUCAAGUCGGUUUUUGAGACCAAAUCAAGCAGGAGAAUGUUUACACUUGUGGCAUCUUUCGUCCUCAUCUUCCUGAUCAUAUAUUUCCUGACUAGAUAAUCAAUCUGUGUAAAAUUUACUAGGGUAUGACUGCUAGGUUUGCUAGACUGGAAAGACCCUCUCCUUGAUACACCCACCCCCCUGUAAGACAUUUCUGCAAGUUCAUGAGUACAUUUCUGUGUAUUUGGCUUGUUUGCAAAUGUGUGGAAUGGACUGCAGUUCUUCAUUUCCUGCA